AUGGCUCUUAGUCUAACUGUUGACGAUGUUUCUUCCAUUUCAAAGGAAAAGGAUGUGUGGGGAGUUAUUGUGAAGGUGGUGCGGAAGUGGAUGACUCCAAGUUUCGAUCGUUCAAAACUUCCUAAUUCGAUGGAGUUGGUUUUAAUGGAUGCAAAGGGUGAUAGGAUCCAUGGCACAGUGCAAAGGACUCAUGUUUAUAAGUUUAAUCCUUUGUUAGUUGAGGGUCGAGUAUACAUGUUGUCACAUUUCAGUGUUGGCGAUAGCGCUCUGGAUUUUCGUACAACGACACAUGCUCACAGGAUAAUCUUUGGUUUUGAUUCGGUUGUUCAAACCCUAACCGACGAUCCCAUCACUAAGAGUCCUUAUUCAUUUGUUUCUGUUUCUGAUCUCAUGUUCAAUCAUCCAGAUCAGACACUGUUAGUCGAUGUGAUAGGGAUCCUUACCGGCCAAAGCGGCGAGCAGGAAUUUGAAAAAAAUCAUCAAGUGAGAAAGAGGAUUACCAUAGAGAUUGAAAAAGAAGGAGUGAAAGUUGAGUGUGCAUUUUUUGGAAGCUACGUCCAAGAGCUAUUCUCUACUUUAUCUUCACGCGAUCUGAGCGGCGUUGUGGGUUUAAUCCAGUUUGCAAAAAUUGAGCCUUUUAAAGGUCAACAAAGCCUGCAAAAUGCAUAUGUUACAACACGGAUCCUCUUUAAUCCUGAGAUUCCUGAAGCUACUGCUGUGAGGGACAAGUUUUUCGAGAUGAAUGAACCUAGAUCUCAGAUGCUUACUCAGCUGUCCGACUCUUCAAAACCUUCACUCAAUGAAGAGUUCUUAAAACUCUCAGAUAUGAAAACUUUCGAGCAAAUUAGAGCCAUGGAUGAGGGACCAUCAUACAGAUACCUGAGGGGAAUAAUUGGUGAUACAAAGCUUGCAAGUGCAACAAAAAAGUUCCGUUUGCAAGUCAAAGUAAAGCAGGGUAAUGACAUUGCUACAUUGGUCAUAUUUGACAAAGAAGCGAGUGUUCUUCUUGAAACUACUUGUGCUAACUUGGUUGAUUCGUCAACAAAGAAUCAUGCUGGCUCUGGCUCUACAACUCCUGUUGAAUUACUUAAGUUGUUGGAAAAGACCUUUCUCUUUAGGAUUGAAGUUAACAACACUUCAAGCUACAGGUGUGAGUCAUCAUAUCGUGUCAACAAAACUUGUGGAGAUCCCGGCUCCAGGUUUGAGCCAUCAUAUCGUGUCAAGAAAAUAUGUGCAGAUCUCGACUUAAUUGCUCAUUUCAAGGAAGCUCUCCCUCCUCCUAAUGACGACACUCCUCCAUUACUAUUGCUAGAAACACCUACAUCUGAUGAGAGUGUUGAAAACGCGAGUCCCAGUUUGGCCAAGGAUCUUAAUGAAGAGUUUGUUGCUGCUGCGAGUGGCGAUGUUGUUGAUCCUAACAUAGAAAAAGAAGAAGUUCCCCAAUGCAAGUAG